AUGGGCGUGCCCGCCUCCGGUGGCACAGGCGUGGUCUACAACCGCCAAGGCGGGGCUAACACCAAACAAACCAAUCUCAACACCUCCUACUACUACGGAGCGUACUAUAACCCUCAAACUGCUUCGAUGGGAGGCGGGGUCUCGGAGUCUUUCGACAAUAAAACGGGCGGCGCUUAUAAUAUUAGUGGUGGGGUCGGUGGUGUAAAUAACGCGGUGGGAGGGACAUAUCAGCAACAAAUAUCUGGUGGUGGGGGUGAUAAAGGCGGAGUCGGAAAUGGAAAUAGGGCCGGAGGCGGGGCCAGGGCCAGUUUGAAUAGUGUUGAGAAUCAUUUUGGCCCUCCGACGGAAACGUUGUCCAUGUACGAGAACGCUGACGACUCAGCAGCAGGCGAGGCUACAUCAUGUGGAAAAAUCUUAACAAUUCUCUCGUGGGUCCUCAUCAUCAUCACGAUGCCUUUUUCUUUGAUAGUUUGUUUUAAAGUCGUCCAGGAAUACGAAAGGGCCGUAAUUUUCAGACUGGGACGUCUGAUGACCGGAGGUGCUAAAGGACCAGGCAUCUUUUUCAUACUGCCUUGCAUCGAUGCUUAUGCUCGUGUCGAUUUGCGAACUCGAACAUACGAUGUGCCACCUCAGGAGGUGCUGACAAAGGACUCAGUGACAGUAUCUGUCGAUGCUGUAGUUUACUAUAGAGUUAGUAAUGCUACAGUUUCGAUAGCUAAUGUCGAAAAUGCACACCACUCCACACGUCUUCUGGCACAGACAACUUUGAGGAACACCAUGGGCACCAGACAUCUUCACGAAAUCUUAAGUGAGAGGAUGACUAUUUCUGGAAACAUGCAGGUAUCCUUGGAUGAAGCAACAUCAGCCUGGGGAAUAAAAGUGGAGAGAGUCGAAAUCAAAGAUGUACGUCUGCCCGUCCAGCUUCAAAGAGCCAUGGCUGCAGAAGCAGAAGCUACCAGAGAAGCCAGAGCUAAGGUUAUUGCUGCAGAAGGUGAGCAGAAGGCAAGCAGGGCUUUGAGAGAAGCCAGUGAGGUCAUUGGAGAUUCUCCAGCUGCCUUGCAAUUGAGAUAUUUACAAACUUUGAACACAAUUUCUGCUGAGAAAAAUUCAACCAUAGUAUUCCCUUUGCCAAUAGAUCUUCUAACAUACUUCAUGAAGGCAAAAGAUGCUGUCACAUCAUAA